AUGUCAUACUCACCAAUUGACCUUUUGAGAACUCUUUUGGAGACGGAGAAGGGAGAGAAUGAUAAGUUGAUUGAGAUUCUCGGAUUAGUCAAGCCAUCGAAGGGGACCACCUCCACGCUAAACUCGAUUAUUCGGGGUUUAUUCACCAAGAAUAGCAAGUUGUUGGCUCUACUCAACGAGCACUUGAGGUUCCAAUAUGCAACAAGCUCAGAAGAGAUUGAAGUGUUCAAGAGCUUUAUUAAUAGGUUUAUUAUUUGGUUUGAGAGCGAUGCGCUAAUCUUGUUUGAGAAGUACUUGUCUCAGUUGCCCACCACCUCCAAUUCCAAUAAGAAGAAAUUCGGGCAACCAAUCCUUCAUUGUAACGAUUAUAUAGAGUUCAUUGAAUACAGUGUCAACUCUCCAUUUUUGAGGAACCCUUUCAUCGUUGACAAACUUCAACAGAUUAGUAAAAGCUUACGAGCCUUCAUCGAAUCUUACGAGAGUUUGUCCUACCAGCAAAACUUGAAUAACAUCAGUUUCGACGACGUUAAGUUGUUUGCAGACGAAAAUUCAAAGAAAGCUGCUUCUAAGUUCAUAAAGAAUCCAUCUCAGGUAGACGCUUUCCAAAAAGUAAGCUCAUACUUCAAAAUUGAUCAAAUCAUCGAAAGGUCGAAGAAUGCCAAGUUCUACAUGAAGAAGCUGCCCGACACAACAGUAGAUGUCGAAUUGAUCUGCUUGAAUUUGGCCCGUCAUUUUGAGAAAGACUGCAAUGCUUUCGACGCUUUGGCCUUACUUUCAAGACCAAGUGACGAGAACCAAUCUAGAACAUUGAUCUAUCCACCAUUCAGAAUCAAUGAAUUGUCUAUAAGCUACAGAAAUAAAAGUAACGAGCUUGUAUUCAAAGUGAUAGACUUUGCCGCCAAGAAUGAGCAAUUGGAGAACUGCUCCAUUGUCAUAGGCGGAGAAGAGAGCUUGAUAGAAUGGUAUAAAAAAUUGAAGACUAUUUUCCCAUGCAAUGAAGUAUUCCACCGUCCUGUGUUGAUUCAAUCUGGAUCACAAGUUUCCGCUUCUGGACUUGGAAUUAAUGUGGUCAGUAGCGGAAGCAGCAGCAGCAGCUCCACAAUAGGAAAUGCAGAGGAGAUUAAUGAUGUUUCACCACCUCGUUCAAAGUCGUCUCUUGUUGACAAACCUACGAUACUGCCAUUGAGUAGAUUACAACAACAAUUCCAAAAGCCACAACUGGUGACCGCUGCUGGUGACAUGAGUAGUAAAGUGAGUAGCCAUGGAUCGGCUACAUCAUUACUUCUCGAUGAAUAUGAAGAUGACGAAGACGAAGAAAAUGAUAUGACUAUAAACAAGAAUUUGGAAACUUUAGACUUGUUACCACCUUCUAUUGGACCAUACCAAAACCAAAGUUUAUCAAACAGUGCUAUUUCUGUUCUGUCUUCUCAAUCUUCAUACACUAAACACAAUCCUCCACCUGCUAUAAGAAUCACAGAUUCUUCAAGUCUGAGAAAGAGCUCACACUCUAGUACACGUUAUGAGCAACUUGUUACUGAACUCACAAACACAUCCGAUCAACUGUCACAUGUUGUUAAAUCUAUUAAGAGGAACACCAUAGAUUUCGAAAACUCUAGCCCCUCAGAAGAAGAAAGACCAAAGUCCUAUAGGGCAGAAAUGUGUGAUGAUCAUAGUAUUGCUUCCAAUUCCAAAGAGAAGAAGCAAACUAAGAACAAAUCACUUCUUGCAAAUUAUCAAUCUUCAAACCAAAGCAAGUUCUCCUCGGUUCCUAAUUUGAAUGAUAGUAAACCAAAAGCCAAGAUGUAUGAAGUGAGUACCUCAUCAGCUAUUGAUAUUUCCAACUUUGGUAAAGGCUAUAACCCCUCUUUCAGUAUACCCAAGGGCUUAAAUGAAUUAUUGAAAGAAGAACAAGAGCCAGCCCAACAUUCUUCAACUUCUCCAGUUAAGACCAAAAAAUCAUUGUUUGGAAUAUUUAAGAAGAAGAAGAACAGCAGCAACACAACAUUAGUAGCUAGUGACGACACUAACAAGAGUAAGGAGGGACAGAAGUCUUCUAUUCCUAAAAGUCUCUCCAUUGAAACUACUUUAAAUGAACCAACGAAACUUGAGGCUUCACCCAUCGAAGCUCCCCGUGGAAUUUCAACUGUUGAGAGCUCUCAAAUUUCCAAAUCUUCACCCUCAGCCUCCACAGUACCUUCUGCAUUUGCUUUGCCAUCUUCAACCUCGAUGUAUUUCUUCAAACCACAUUCAACCACUUCAGUCAAUAGUAAGAAUGCUGUUAAAUAUCUCCCUGAUGAGGAAGACUUAGUUGUUCCACAAGAACUCAAAGAUGCUAUCAAUGAUGAUGAAUCUAUUGAUUUCUAUAUUUCUACUUCGUCACCAAAGGCAUUGAUUCUUUCUAAAUGGAAACCAAAGUAUGGCAAAUGGGAAAUGAUUACUGCUAAUGAGAAUGUAUUUGUAAAAAUUGUUGUUAAUUACAACUCAAAUAGGAGUUGGCUUGUUUUCUUCAAAGAGGAACAAGAUGACGAAGCUGAAGAAGAGGGAGAAGUCUACGAUAAACCUAUUUUGUUGCUUGACUUAUCUGACGAGACUGCUACGAAGUGUAAUGCUUUAGACUGUCAAAUCACUACUAUCAAUUCAAUUACAGAAGAGAAAAUGACUGUAAUGAUUAGAUGUAACUCUAACUCUUUAUUGAGAGAGAUUACUGGCAACAUUGAUAAUAUGAUUGGUGUUUUAGGAUUCAAAGGUAUCGAAUCUCGUGGCCCAACACCAAGCCAUUCAGAAUUUCAACUGCCAGAAACUACCAAUGGAGUUUCCAAAUCAUUAUUAUCUUCAAGUACUAUUACCUCUUCAAUUAUGGAUAACGCUACUAUUCCAUUCAACCAAUCUUCAACUUAUUCAUCAGUCAACUCGAACAUGAACAGCAAUACUUUCCCUAAGCCAACUCAAUCUUCUUACGCUUUGGAUACCAUCAAGGACUACGACCAUAUCAGUAUUUUGAACAAUCCUGAGAAUACCAAAGUUUUGCUCUUACACAGUAUGAAGAUUAGAUUGCAGAAGAAUUUGGAGUCUUACUCUCAAAUUCAUAAUCCAUCUUCCUGGAAAAUCCUUUCAAUGAACAACUUGAGUAUUUACAUGAUAUCUGACGUCAUAACAAAUGCUCAUUAUUAUAAUUUAGUUGUUGAAGGCACUGAAAAUUACAACUGGCUCAUUAAUAAGGAAGAGAAGUUUAAUGUGAUUGAAAAGAUUGGAAAGGCAGGAAUGGUGUUGAAAUUUGCAGAAGACGAGAUUUUCUUGAUUGAAUGUAAGGGUAAGAAGGAGUUUAAGACUCUUUUCGAAUUGUUCUAA